UGUUGGUUGAGAUGCCAUACCAACUACCAUCCAUGGGGUUUUGUAUCUUCAUCUGCGCUCUCUCACUGAUUGCGCCAUCAUUGGCCGGAGACUAUGCUCCUCCUCCGCAACCAGAGGGCUAUGCUCCACCGCCAGCAGGUUAUUUACCUCCCGCAGGAACACAGACGAAGUGUUGUGAUAAUGCCAUCCUAAUAAAUGGACGAUGUGUUUGUAAACCUAACUACUACGGUGCUAGUACACAUCCAUGUGACAAACCAUGUUGGGAUAAAUGUGGACGAAAUACAUACUGCAAUGUGAAAACAUUCCAAUGUAAUUGCAAAACUGGUUUCAUUGGAAGUCCUUACACCGAUUGCCAUCUUCCUUGCUAUGGAAAAUGUGUAGACAAUGCCACCUGCAAUAAAGAUACCAACAAAUGUGUGUGUAACACAGGACUCGUGGGAAAUGGUGCAGUGUUAUGUCACAAACCGAGCGUCGUCGUACUCACAAAAACUGUCUAUACUGUUUCUGAAAGCGUGGGUCAAUUACAAGUUGAGGUCCUGCGAAAGGGAAGUAGUGUAGGCGUAUUAACUGUGACAUACGCAACCACAGAUUUGACAGCUUCCUAUGGUGUCGAUUACUCUGGCAAUAAAGGUGUGGUGGUCUUUGGCAACGGCGAGAACACAAAAUACAUCACCUUUUACAUUAUUUCCGAUAAGAAAUAUGAACAGGCCGAAAAAUUUAAAGUUACGCUGUUGUCAGUUAGUAUUGGAGGCAUUCUGGGAACCCCAAUCGAGGCUGUGAUCACAAUUACAAACGACGACAAACCAUGUGGAUCAUGCGGACCUUAUUCCCACUGUGAUGUUCCGUCCCAAAAGUGUGUCUGCGAUGACGGAUAUAUUCUAGAUCCCUAUCAUGGCUAUCACGGAGGAUGUGUCAAACCAUGUGGCGGACGCUGUUGUACUAAUGCAUACUGCAAUAAACAAGACAAUAGAUGCUACUGUAACAAAGGAUUCUAUGGAGUACCAACAAUUAAAUGUUACAAGCCCUGUAAGGACGCAUGCAAAAUCAAUUCUUACUGUGGAAAGUACAACAAGUGUUACUGUAAUAAAGGAUUUUACGGAAAUCCAUAUGAUGGAUGCCAUCCACCAUGUCACGGUCAUUGUAAAAUCAAUGCCAGAUGCGAUAUCCCCUCCCAAAAAUGUGCUUGUAAUGAUGGAUUCUACGGCGACCCAUACAAAAUCUGUGACAAACCUGGUGUGGUUGUGAUUGCAAGUCCUACCUACUCUGUAGUAGAAAAUGUUGGUGUUGUCGUCAUAACGGUGACCCGAACUGGAUCCACUUAUGCCGCUGUUACUGUUAAAUGGGAGAGCCGUGGCAUCACAGCUCUUCAAGGCAGUGAUUAUAUUGGCAAAUAUGGAUAUAUCUAUUUUGCUAGCGGACAGACAUCCGAAACCAUCAGCAUCGAAAUCACCGUCGACUUGAUCUACGAAAAGGACGAGACCUUCUCUGUGUCCCUGACUCAUGUCACUGCGGGUGCAGUACUUGGUAAUAUUUUCCAGACAAUUGUUACGAUCAAGAAUGAUGACCCUCCUUGUGGCGGACCAUGCAAGCCAUUCUCUCGAUGUGACGUUCCUAGCCAGAGAUGUGUGUGCAUCAAAGGGUACAUACCAAAUCCCUAUGGAGGUUGUUCACUGCCUUGCGGGGGAAAAUGUUGUGCCAAUGCUUAUUGCGAUGCUACUGACAACAGGUGUAAAUGUAGAACUGGGUAUAUCGGUAUAGGAACAUGGAAAUGCAGCAAACCUUGUGAUGCUGCCUGUAAAAGCUACGCUUAUUGCGCCAAAGAUAAUAGGUGUUAUUGUAGUAAAGGAUACUACGGAAGUCCAUACAAAGGAUGUCAUUUGCCGUGCCAUAAUCUAUGCAAAGCCAACACCGCAUGUGAUCUCUUGAACCAUAGAUGUUACUGUAAACGUGGUUAUUACGGUAACCCACUCAAGGGAUGUUCAGUUGCGGGGUCUUUUGUGUUUACCAAAUCUGUCUACACUGUGAAGGAAAAUGUCGGACUCGUCCACGUAACUAUCAAAAGGACGGGAUCGAGUUCACAGGGCGUCUCUGUUUAUUGGAAAACUGUAGAGGGAAGCGCGAAACGCGUGACCGACUUUGGUGACACAGGUGGUAUAAUCUACUUCGCAAGCGGUGAAAAUGAAAAGACCAUCACGAUUCAUAUCCUCGACGAUAAGGUUUACGAGACAGAUGAGUCAUUCACUGUUACUCUGACAUUGGUAAGCGCAGGAGGUGUUCUAGGACAGGUGGUGACAGCAACCAUUACUAUCCAGGAUGAUGACGAUACUUGCGGUGGACCAUGUGGACAUUAUGCCCACUGUGAUUUACGCAUUCAUAAGUGUGUUUGUGACAAGGGCUACUUGUUGGAUUCCUAUCAUGGAGGAUGUGUUCCGCCAUGUGGUGGAAGAUGCUGUAAUAACGCAUACUGCGACAGGGGUGAUAAUACAUGUAAAUGUAAACCAGGAUACCUUGGACUCGGAACUGUGGCCUGUUAUAAACCAUGUCAAGGCGCAUGCGUAAUAAAUGCUGAAUGUGGACCUGAUAAUAAGUGUUGCUGUAAGAAAGGUUACUAUGGAAACCCGUACGUAGAAUGUACACUACCAUGUAGGGCUCAGUGUAAGAGAAAUGCUCGAUGUGACAUCUCGUCCCAGCGAUGCGAAUGUGCUCACGGAUUCUACGGGGACCCAACAGUUGGAUGUGACAAAGCAAGUACAUUUGUGUUCGCGAAACCCAGUUACCAAGUCAACGAAGACGCGGGUACCAUAACAGUGACAGUAAAAAGGAUUGGAUCAACAUAUGGGUCUAUAUCUGUGAGUUGGGUAACAAAAGAUUUAUCCGCCGGCCACCCUCAUGACUUUUUCAACAGCUACGGAGUGUUAUUCUUCGCUCAUGGCGUUGAGUCACGGACCAUCACAAUUUAUCUCUUUGUCGAUAAGGUAUAUGAACAAGACGAGAAUUUCCAGAUAGUUUUGACAAAAGUGACGCCUGGAGGUGUGCUUGGAGGUUUGACAGCAACAACUGUUACUAUUUUAAACGACGACAAACCAUGUGGAGGACCUUGUGGAAUAAACGCUUACUGCGACAAACCAACACAGAAAUGUGUAUGUAACAAAGGUUUCAUUCUGUGGCAUGGAGUAUGUGGCCUUCCAUGUGGUGGAAAAUGCUGCGCCAAUGCAUACUGUAGCAGCAAGGACAACCAAUGUUACUGUAACAGAGGCUACAUCGGAACCCCAACACAGAAAUGUUACAUUCCAUGUAAUAGAGCCUGUAAAGAUUAUGCCUUCUGUGGGAAAGAUAACAAGUGUCAUUGCAAGACGGGUUAUUACGGAAAUCCCUACCAGACUUGUCAUCUACCUUGCCACGGCCAGUGUAAGCAGAACUCCAAAUGUGACACUACUACCCAUCAGUGUGUUUGCCUCCCGGGAUUCUUUGGUGAUGGGAAGGUCGGAUGUUCGAAGCCAAGCGUGUUUAUUAUCGCCCAGUCAAGCUAUGCUGUAAAAGAAAGCGUAAAUGUACUAGUUGUAAACGUGAAUAGGAUUGGCUCUAGUUCUGGAUCAGUGAAGGUUACCUGGAAAACUACGGAUCUGACCGCCGAAAGUGGCCACGACUACGUCAACACCGGAGGAGUUCUUUACUUUGGAGACAAGGAAACCUCUAAGGAUAUUUCCAUUCACAUUAUUGACGACAAAUUUUACGAGGCUGACGAACAGUUUGUGAUCACUCUUACUGAAGUGACACAGGGAGGAGUAAUUGGACUUCAGUACAAAGCGACGGUCACCAUUGAGAAUGAUGAUGAACCAUGCGGAGGACCUUGCGGAAUUAAUGCUUUCUGCGACAAACCAUCACAGAAAUGUCUUUGUCUCAAAGGAUUCGUUAAGUGGAAUGGAGUAUGUGAGCAUCCGUGUGGUGGACAUUGCCCGGCCUACCCACACUCUCACUGUAACUACAAGACUAACAAAUGUGAGUGUGACGACAACUACUCAGGUGAUGCCUACCACGGAGGAUGUAUAUGCACUAGUGGAGGACAUACCGGAGGAUAUGGGGAAACUCAAACCGGUGGCGAUUAUGGAAGUACUGGCGGAGGUGGCGGUUACGAAGCUGCGCCCGACAGUGGAUAUUAAACUCCAUAGAUAACAUUUACUUUGUCAAAAAAAUGAAAAAUAAAAUAAUCAUUACUAACUUAUUGCAU